UACAUCAACUCUGAAUAUUAAAAGAUUCCUCCCCCGGCUCCCAAAUUAAACAGCAAUACAGGAAGUCACGGUUCAAGCCGAGACACAGUCGCACAAAAGGAAUGACCAAGAACCAGCCGCCUUUAACAAAACUCAAACAGAAUUGAUUUUGGACAACCAACCUGCAUAACUCCCAAAAAGUUCCUCGUCCUCUGUAAUCAGACAGCUGAGUAUUGCUCCUGUACCGUACUGUAUGCCUGCAGCAGCUGGUGACUAAGGAGACGUCAUUCCACACGUGUAUUCUACCAUGCUGCGGAUCCUGAUCUUGUGUUUCAUGCUAAAGGCUGCAGCCUCUUUGGAAAUGGAGGGUUCUUCGGGAGACUUUCCAGAUGAUGAAGACCUUCAUGGCUUUAUUAUUAAAGAUGUGUUGAAAACCCAAAGGGAGUCUUCCACAGAGGCCCAAACGAGCCCCAGUUCUUGGAUCAUCCCUGUUGCAGUCACUGCAGGGCUGGCGGUCUUUACUGUCCUUGUUAUAGGAGUUUUGAUCAGGAAGCGCAGCCGCUCACAACAGCAAGGGGUCUACACAGUACCUGUGGAGCAAUCCAAAAAAGAAGCAGUGUGAUUGCAGCAGUGGACAGGAGGCCCAAUCUACUGGUGUGGGUGCAAACGCUGCAUGCGUUUCGGGGCAAAGUGCCAGUCUUGGAAGCUGUCUUCAAAUUACCUGCUUUUAACACAAGCGCCCCCUCACUGACAAUAUACUGGUGCAGGGGCAACGCUAUUGCAAUUACUCCAUUUCAAGAAAAAAGUUUUAAAUAUAUCUAUAUAUAUAUAUAUGAAAUGUGUUGUGAGAUUUGAUGCUGUUUAUGUACGGUGUACCUCGAUUAUUUCAUGAUUCAGUAACUGUUGAUUUUGGUUUUACCCCAUGUUGAGGGUAAAAGGCACACACUGCUGUAUUUGCACCCUUGAUUGAGUCACUGUAUUGUGUAUGUUGUGUCAGAUUGGAAGAGCAGCACUGUAUUCAUUUGCUUUUGAUAAAACGCGGUGCAGGGCUCACAUCUUCAUCGAAAUGCAUUGCUGGAGAUGGGCUUUUAUUUCUUGGCUUCAGCCGUAGGGCGGUGGGGGGGCUCUGUUCAAAGACCAGGUGGAGGGGAUGUGCAAUCAGCUUUGCUCUGUCCUUGAGGUGUCCAAUUAGAUAUUUAUACUAGAAAGUACUAGCGUUGAAAUGUCUUUGUACGAGAUGGAAAAUACGCCUCAUUAAAAAUGAGCUAUACUGUUUCAUUAUUCGUAUGCAAUUCUAUAUUGUUAAUUAAAAGCAGAUUUUUACGCACUCUGUGGAUAUCCGCUUGUAUCAUACAGCACCCAAUCCGAUGCUCUGUAUGUAUUUAGUGAUGCGAGUAACUUGCCUCAUUCUCUUUUGACAUGUAGCACUAUUAAAGUCACCUUGUAUUUGAAUGGGAUUUUUGCAUUGUGCCACCUGGUGGCUACUUUAGUGUACUUCACUAAGAUGACUUUAUGACUGUAGCAGAUUACUGUGCCUUUUGAAAGGUCUGUUUAUUAAUAAUCACCAAUUACUGUAAUACUUGUUUAACUCAGAUUUACAAUGUCCGUGGUGUGGUUUGUAUGCUAUAUACUGGAAGUGCUUCUGCUGCACUUAGUUUUUUUAGUUGUACUAAGAAACUGGUUUUCCAUCAGCAAGAAAUCUCUAACGUGUUUUUUUAAUUGUUAAAUAAAAUAAUAAGACAACAA